CCUAAUUUGUAACACCUAAUUUAAAAGCUUCGGCCAUGUAGCCCACAACCUGUUAACGUCACGUAGCCAUAUUCGUGCACGGAUAUGUGAUUUCUGUGUACUCCAGCUGUGCUGCCUAUGCCAUGUCAGCUACACAAACACCAACAUCACUACACAAUGUCUCGCCUAGCAUCCAAUGGCAGCCCACAUUGAGUAUAGAAUCCAGACACACACUUUCCUCAGAUGCAUCCUCGUCUUACACAUCUACUCGGCGUUCGGUACAGUAGCGCCCACUUUUCGGCCCAGCAGAAGCUCCGUUUCAUCCAACGACUGCCCACCUGGUUAUUACGGGCCUGAAUGUGUGAGCAAAUGUCCUGCACUCUGUGACGUGACGUGCACCGAUGAGGGGCACUGCAUUUCAUGCAUCAGGCCAGGGGUUAAGCUUCCAGGCUGUCAAGACGAAUGCGACCAAGGAACGUACGGGCUGAACUGCCAACAUAAUUGCAGCGAAGCGUGUCAGAACUCAGAGUGUGACGGUUUCGUGGGCCAAUGUCGUCAGUGUGGGGAACCUGGCGUCAAACUUCCUCACUGUAACAUUACCUGUGUUAGCGGAUCUUACGGCCAAAACUGUGAGAACCGAUGUCCACUAACGUGCAAGGAGUCGUGCGACCCAGUAAACGGUACAUGCAUGGUGUGCAGUUAUGGGCAAGGGCCUCAGUGCAUGGUAAACUGCGCCAUCAAUAUCGACCUGGAGGCUUGUAAGUUAUAUUGUCCGGCUAGAUGUCUGACGCUCUGUAAUACGACGAAUGGGAAGUGCAGUUUUUGUGCGCCCGGGUAUGAAGCCCCCUUUUGUAACGCCACAUGCCGACCAGGCACUUAUGGCAGCAACUGUAAAGAGACCUGUUCCAACCGUUGCAAAGACGGGCUUUGCGAUCCUUUCACCGGGGCCUGUUUCAGUUGCAGUGACGGUUAUGUGGGCAGGAAAUGCAAUGGCCAGUGUAUCCCGGGAUAUUAUGGCCAGGAGUGUGACCUCGUAUGUCCGGAGACGUGCCUCGGCGGGUUGUGCGACUUUGUGAAUGGCAGCUGCCACGCGUGCCUGAAUGGUUACAAAGGUCAGCAAUGUGAUGAGCUCUGCGUGGACGGGAGGCACGGCGAGAACUGCACCAUGGAAUGUCCUGCCAGCUGUUUAAAGGCCUGCGAUCCCGUGACCGGUGAGUGCUGGCACUGCGCCCCGGGCUAUAAAGGGGCGUACUGCAACAACACCUGCCCCAACGGGACCUACGGCGACGGCUGCACUAACAUGUGCCACAAAGGGUGCCACCAGUUUAUUUGUGAUCACGUGAGCGGCGACUGCUUGAAGUGUAAGCCGGGAUUACAAGGUUUAAAAUGUGAUGUGAAACACGCUGUCGGGGAAGGCUCAAAGUUGCAUCUGGCCUUGUAUGUGACAUUUGGUUUGCUGACCGUUAUCCUUUUGUUCGGUACAUCAAUGUGUGGC